AUGCCAACUUCAUCUUCUCCUGCAACCAAGAAACCAACAAGGAUAGUCUAUGAUUCCCGCUCCAACUCAUUCUCUACGCCAGCUACAAGCCAAACAUCUUCCACCUUGUCGAAUGAUAACAAGCAAAUAAACACAUUUCAGAGGCCUGAAUCCCCUACCUUGCCACCUGAGAAUGGAAAAGUGCUUGAUACCAUGACUUCAACUUCCAUGCUGAAUGACAAUCACCGAGAUUUGAAACUUAAUUUAAUAAAAUCAUCGCAUAGCAGUACGAGAUCAAGCGACAUUGGCCCCGUUUCUCCCACAUCAACCAUUGAUACGACCACGUACCAAUUGCAGCAGCAGUUAGAAGAAUCUGCUCAUCGCAUGCAACAUCGCCCAUCUCGGAACAAAUCCAAGCAUAGACAUCCCACCACUUCGUAUUCGUCCUCCUCCAGUACCACCACGAAAUCACAUUCGCAUUCCAAACACAGUACCAACCCAAGUACCAACAACAAAACGCCUGAUCACUUAGCUGCUGCUAUUGAGCUUAGCACAACAAAUGCUGUCGCAGCUCCUGCCCCCGCUGCUGGUAUGUAUUGGUCUCGUACACUCACUUACGGUCGUGGCCCAUCACGUCCACUUCGUGCUCACACUGCAAAUCUGAUUGGAGAGAAACUUUAUGUGUUUGGUGGUUGUGAUACAUCACUUUGUUUUAAUACCCUUUAUAUUCUUGAUAUGGAUACCAUGACAUGGUCAAAACCACGCACAACCAGUCAACAAGGUCCGCCUCCUUGUCGAGCUCAUUCGUGUACUGUAGUAGAAAGAGAUCUGGGAUCAGGUAGAAGAUCACAUCAGCUGUUCAUCUUUGGUGGCGGCAAUGGACCUGAUUAUUUCCAAGAUAUUUACGUAUUGGAUGUGGAAACAUUAGUUUGGUCAAAGCCCAACAUCGAAGCAGAUACACGGCCAUCCAAGCGAAGAGCACAUUCAACCUGCUUGUGGGAAGACAAAAUCAUUGUCAUUGGUGGUGGCGAUGGUGCUCGUGCCUUGGAUGAUGUACACAUGCUGGAUAUAUCGAACCCUCAUGCUGAAGUCUUGCGCUGGGAAAAGUUACAGACAUCUGGAUCUCCACCGCCCGCAAGAGGCUAUCAUACCAGCAAUUUGGUUAAGGAUAAAUUGGUUGUAUUUGGUGGAAGUGAUGGACAUGAUUGUUUUGAAGAUGUGCAUGUAUUGGAUUUAGUCAAGAAGAGAUGGAGUCAAAUUGAUCUGGAUCGCAAGAUUCCAAGGCUAGCUCAUACAUCCACACAAGUUGGGUCUUAUGUAUUUGUUAUCGGUGGCCAUGAUGGUAGACGUUAUUCGCAGGACGUGUUGUUGUUUAAUUUGGUGACAAUGAGCUGGGAAGCUAGAAAAGUGUAUGGUGCCGCACCUAAUCCUCGAGGCUAUCACACAACUGUGCUUUAUGAUUCUAGAUUGUACGUCUUGGGGGGCUAUGAUGGUAAAAACGUCUUUGAUGAUGUCCACAUGCUAGAACUGAGUGCAUGCGCAUACCUUCCUCAGAUCACAAACUUUGAAAUUGAUGUUUAG